AUGAAUAAAUCGAGAUUCUCUAUGUUGGUGUUAGAACCUGGAGAAAUAUACUUUGAAGACUUCUCAUGUAGUAUGAGCCCACAAGCCUCAUUAACGACAAGUGAAACUAGAACCGAACACAACAGUAUGGUAGCAACUAUUCUUCAUUCCCGUUAUAUGAGAAUGGUAUUUGAUCCCGUUAUGAUGGAAGACUUCACAGAAGAAAUUAUAUGUGAAUUGCAAGCUGAAAAAAUAUCUCCACUUGUGAGGCAUCAAGGAAAAUUAGCACUAACACCUACUACUCUGUACUUCCAGCCCUUUAGCAACAUUGAAAGUACUCCUAUUUUGAAGCUGAAAUUAGGGGAUAUGAGAAAAAUGUAUAAAAGAAGAUUUUUACUAAGGCAAGUUGGACUUGAGAUAUAUGGUGAAGAAGAUAUGGCUCUAUCACACAUAUACCUUACAUUUUCAUCUGAAGAUGAUAGGGACAAGGUAUACAAAAUGCUGGAGGAAUCGCCAAAUGUCCAAUUAGAAAGAGUUCAUAUGGAAGAAAUGACAUUACAGUGGCAAAAUGGCAUUGUCUCAAACUAUGAUUAUUUAUUAUAUCUUAAUUGUCUUGCUGACAGAAGUAAAAACGAUCUAACUCAAUAUCCAGUCUUUCCAUGGAUAAUUGCUGAUUAUACCUCAAAAAAGUUGGAUUUAAACAAAGCAGAAAGUUUCCGGGAUUUAUCAAAACCAAUGGGUGCAUUAAAUCCAGACCGCUUGGAGAAAUUAAUGGAAAGAUAUAAUGAAAUGAAUGAACCAAAAUUUUUAUAUGGUUCCCACUAUUCUGCACCAGGACUUGUCUUGUUUUACCUCGUCCGUAAAUAUCCACGUUAUAUGUUGUGUUUGCAAAAUGGAAAAUUUGAUCAUCCUGACAGAAUGUUUAAUUCAGUGCGGGAUGUCUACAAUAAUUGUUUGAAGAACAUGUCUGAUUUUAAGGAACUGGUGCCAGAGUUUUACGAUACAAGUGCCAAGGGCGAUUUCUUAGUUAACAAUUUCGAGAUUGAUUUUGGCGAGCGAUACGACGGUUCCAAAGUGAGGGAUGUUGCUCUACCACCAUGGGCUAGAACGCCGGAGGAGUUUGUGUCGAAUCUUCGCGAGGCUCUGGAGUGCGAUUAUGUUUCUAGGCAUCUGCAUUUAUGGAUUGAUCUCAUUUUCGGGUAUAAGCAGAGAGGGGAAGAGGCAGCAAUAUCUCAUAAUGUAUUCCACCAUGUGUGCUACGAGGGUUCCGUUGACCUUGAGUGCGUCUACGACAUGAACGAUAGGCACGCCCUAGAGGUCCAGAUAAUGGAGUUCGGGCAAGUUCCCAAGCAGCUGUUCACCAAGCCCCACGUGAAGAGGGCAGCACAGGCGGUGCCGAGGCCCUUUAAUCAACAGGAUACUGGUAUGCGACCAGCUAGCUUGGAGUGCGUGGACAUAAUAAGGCUACAUAAGGAAGCCGUGACCUGUGCGAUCAGGCAGAGUUCGAGGAUCAUCUCCGUCGGACGUGACGGCACCCUGAAGGUGUACGACUUGGCGCAGGGGAAGCAAAUGAGGAGUGUGGUGCUCUGUUCCACACCUUUGAGUUCCUGUGUGAUGGUCGACGAGCAUAUCGUUGCGGCUGGUUCCUGGGACAAUGAGAUAUAUUUGUACAAUGUUGAAUAUGGAAGGGUCGUGGAAAGUUUUCGGGCGCACGACGACUCUGUCAGUUGUCUUCUUUGGUUGACAGAAGACCGCCUUUUGAUAUCUGGCGGCUGGGACGGGGUUGUUCGCGUGUGGGGGAACGUUGGCAAGACGGGGCAGGCGCUAAGAGGCCUCAAGACGGAAUUCGAUCAUGACGGCAAGAUUACUGCAAUCACAUAUAGGCGCCGGCGCUCGGAGCUGGACGUUAUUGCGGGCACGGGCGACGGCGAGGUGUUCGUGUGGGACUUCGCGUCGAAGACGCUCAGGAGCAAAGUGCGCGCGCACUCGGCGCCGCUCUGCGGGCUGGCGGAGGUGCUCUCGGGCGACAGCCUCGUCACCGCCGCGGAGGACGGCGAGCUCAAGGUCACCGACCUCGGCGUGUUGCACACGGUGUACCACAAGCGCAUGGAAGGGGCGCUGGCGUCGCUGUGCCGGCAGGGCAGCGGCACUCUGUGGUUGGGUGGCGCCGACGGGGCCCUUCUGCAGUGGGACAUGAUCACCGUCACGCGGCUCGAUCGUCUCAAGGCCCACGAUGAUUCAAUCACAUGCAUCUAUUUAGAUGCGGCCUCAAGCACUCUCAUAACAGCAAGUAACGACAAAUCAGUCAAGGUUAGAUGGUCCAUAGAACGCAUCGAGCAUGCAAGUGGCAAGGAAGACAACGACAAUAUGUGUUAUGCAUCUAUAAUGUAUGAUAUAUAUGUA